AUGGGACAAAAACAAGCAAAACUCCGACAAGACGUGGUUGACGAACUAGUGCGCCAAACUCACUUUUCUGAAUCCGAAGUUCAGGAUUGGUACAAAGGUUUCCUGAAGGACUGUCCGACCGGUAAUUUGACGUUGGACGAAUUCAAACGCAUUUAUGCCAAGUUCUUUCCCUAUGGAGAGGCAUCGCGAUUCGCGGAAUUUCCGAGAUUUUCUCUCCACUGUCAGUGUGACUAG